AUGAGUUAAUACCAAGAAUGUAAUUGGAACUCUUUUAAAUAAAAUUGUUAAUAUGGAGCAAUAAGUUCAGAAUAUAGUUAGAAUUCAGAAACAUAUUGUGAAUAAUUUUCUUAAACUAAUUGCAACAAAUUGUAGCCUUGUGAAUUUUGUGUAAAAAAUGGACCUUGUUAAUGGUACGGUGAAAGAUGCUCCCAUUUUACUGGAUGCACAGCUUUUAAUAAAAGUAGUACUUCUUAAUGUUAAUCUAUAUCUGAAAGAUGCAUAACUGAUGGAAUUCAUUGUGUUGAGAUAGGGACUUGUGAUUCUUAUAAGACAGAAAUAGCAUGUAAAUAAGAUAUGAAUAAUAUAUGGUGUUUUUGGGAUCAGAAUAAUAUGAAAUGUUAAUAUCCAUAGAGUUGUGAAGAAUUACCAUUAACAUUUACAUAAGAUUAUUAAUGUAAAUCUUAGAUAUCUACUUGUGUAUCAAAUUAAUUUGGAGGUUGUAAAACUUAAACUUAGACUGAAAUUUAUACUACAACUAAUUCUGUAGAAUCUGAAUCAUUAUCAUAGGGAAUUUAAUAGUAAAAAUACAAAACGUGUUAGGAGAUAACAGUAAUUUCAGAUUGUGAGACAUAUGAAGGUUCUAUUAAAUGUUUUUGGUAAGAUAAUAAAUGUAUAGAUAAGAUAUGUUAAAAUGCAUCAAAAAAUUUAAAAAAGAAUUCAGAAUGUUAACAAUUUUUAAGUUAUUGUAUAACAACAAAUGGAGGAGGAUGUAUAAACAAUGGAUCAUGUAUGGUUGCCAAUAUUUCUGAAGCAUGUUCUAAAGAUAUUAAUGAGAUUGAUUGUUUUUGGAAUGGUAAUGGAUGUGUAGUAAAGACUUGUGAUCAUGCACCUAGUACAAUUACUUCAAAUUCAGAUUGUGAUUAAUUUUUAAAGAAUUAAUGUAUUGUUAAAUAAGGUGGAGGUUGUAGAGUCAAAUAAUGCAAAGAUUUUAGUGGAAGUACACAUAAGAAUUGCAAUAUAUAAAAUUCAAAUUGUACAGUAGGAUUUA